AUGAAUGGGAAAGAAAAACAAAUAAUUACAAAAAAAAUAUAUGUCACAUUAAAAAGAAAAUAAAUAUAAUUUUAAAAAAAUGUUAUUUACAAAUAUAAUGAAAAAUUGUAUUAACUUACUUCUGUAUUGUUAAUGAAAAUUAAAAAUCAUAAGCGAAAAAAUGUCCGUCACUGAGGAGAAAAUUGAGGAAUUAAAUAAUAGAUUUUCGGAAUUUAUUAAUAAAAAAGAAAAUGUCGAAUCAAUAACAACAGAAUUUUAUGAAGAUUUAUUGGAUGAGGUAUUGAUGGGCUUUGUUUUUGACGUUCAUCGAACAAUUAAAAGUGGCAGUUCCAAUGUUGAAGAAGGCAUUCCAGACGAUGAGUCUUACGUCAUUAUAGAUUCACCGGGAUUGGACGUGUUUGGUCAGCAUCCAGUGAAAAAAUCCCAAGAAUGUAAUUGUCCAAAUUGCGAUCGUGGCGUUGCCGCUUGUCGAUUUGCCACCCAUUUGGAAAAAUGUAUGGGAAUGGGUCGUAAUAGUUCACGUAUUGCUUCGCGCCGCAUUGCAAAUAAUACCAAGGAUUUGAGUAAUUUUAGUGGAAUUAUUAGCGACGACGAGGACGAUGUCGAUUGGAGUAUGACAAACGAUAAGCGUAAACGUAAAAAGGAACGAAAUGGUAUUAAAAAAUAUAAACAACAAAAAAGUGGACAAAGAAAUGGCGACAGCAAUGAUGUCGUUUACACGAGCAAUGAAAAUUCACCGUCAAACUAUGAGAAUAUGACGAUUGAAGAGAAAAAGCAACUUUUGACGCAAAUUUGCGGCGUUAUAUCGGAGCAUACAAAGAAACUUUGUACAAGAUCUGUACGUUGUCCACAGCACACUGACGAACAACGACGUGAAAUGAGAGCGAAUUUAGACAAUAGCGGACAACAGGACAGCAUAAAUGUUGAUGUUGUCGAAACAAAUGAUGAUGAGAGUCAACAUUCGAGGGAGAAUUUCACCAGAUGGGAUCAGGAGGGUUCAAGUCAUUCGAGUCCCGCCGAUUCGACAUCAACAACAACAUCGACAAAUUCAACGAAAAAAAAAGAAACAAAAUCAAGGGGCAAGGGGAAAAAUUCAAAACGCGAUCGUAAUUCACCAUUUUCUCAGGGAGAUUAAAGAAAAAAAAAAUUGAGAGAUUUUUUUUCUUUAAUUUAAAUCUUUUUUAAAAUUUUCCAAAUUUUCUAAAAGGUUUUUACCCUGUAAAAAAGGAAUUUUUUCCUUUACAGUCAAAAUUUAAAUUCGAAUUUACUUUUAAAUUAUUAAUUCUUUUAAUUUUAUUUAUUUGUAAUUUAAAGAAAGAAAAUUGAAAACAAAAAUUUCUAUUAUUGAAAAGAAAUAGAAAUCACCGCCAUUUGCAAAUUGUGGUAAAUAUUUGUAUUUUUUAUCUCAAAAAGUAAAAUUUGAUUUUUACAUUAUCGUAUGUCACAUGAGAAAGUAUUAUUUUUCUUGUAGAUAUUUUACAUAUAAACAGUAUAAAAAUUGAUGAAAUUUUUCUGUUAAAUGUAAUUAUUCGAAUAGAGACUGUUUUUAUAAUAAGAAAAUAUUUAUUUUUCGAUUUGUGCUUUUAAAAACUGAUCCGAAAGAGAGAUAAAGAAAGUGGAGGAGAGAGAAAGAUAGAGAGCUUCCUUCAAU